AUGUCCGACCUCGAUCAGGUACCAGGAUCCGACAUCAAGCCUUGGGCUCGCUCAGAAGCCCAAGGCUAUUGUUUCACAAACGCCAAUGUUGUCGAUGUGCUAGCGGGGAAGCUCUUGGAAGGCGCCACUAUCAUCACCCGCCUGGGUAAGAUUGAAUCAGUGGCACUCUCCCCUCCAGAACCUCUUCCGACCGAUCUUACAAUCAUUGAUUGUGAGGGGCGCUAUCUUUGUCCCGGUCUCUUUGAUGCCCACGUGCACCUUUGUGCUGUUCCAGGGUUCAAAGAUCUAUCAAAGGCAUUUGGAAACCCAAAUGAUGUCCAUUUGCUUCGACAACCUUACACGGCGGCUCAGAUGCUGCAUCGAGGCUUCACCAGUAUUCGUGAUUGCGGUGGUGCCCAGCUUGCGAUUAAAGAAGCUAUCGAGGAUGGUGUCUUUCCUGGGCCUCGGAUCUUCAUCUCCGGUCAUGCAUUGUCUCAAUUCGGAGGACAUGGCGAUCUUCGAGGCUCGCAUGAACCUACCGAGUGCUGCGGAGGCACCCAUAGCAACAACCAUCUCGGCCGAAUGUGCAAUGGCGUGCCGGAAUGCAUGGCUGCUGUCCGCGAGGAAAUUCGCUGCGGCGCUGAUUUCAUCAAAAUUAUGGGCUCUGGAGGUGUUGCCUCUCCCACAGAUAAGCUAGAGCACCUCCAGUUCACGUCUGCCGAAAUCCGGGCUAUGGUUGAAUGUGCAGAUAACGCUGGGACUUUCGUCACUGCCCAUGCCUAUACAGUGAAAGCCAUCAGGCACUGCAUUGAUAACGGCGUGCGAGGAAUUGAACAUGGAAACUUCGUCGAUCCACCAACUGCCAAGCUGAUGGUAGAGAAAGGAGUUUAUCUCACACCCACCCUCAUCGCUUAUGCCCAAAUGGCGUCGGAACGCUGGAAGGGAUAUUUGCCCCCAGAGUCUCAGGCGAAGAAUUCCCAAGUCUUGCACUCGGGUCUUGAAGCCCUUAAGAUUGCUUCCGAUGCAGGUGUCAAAAUGUGUUAUGGCUCUGACUUGCUCGGUCCGUUAGGCUCUGCUCAGACACAGGAGUUCUCCCUUCGGUCACAAGUCUUGUCUCCACUUGAGGUAUUACAAAGCGCGACAAUUAACCCGGCGAAGAUGAUGAGCUGCGAGAAUUUGAUUGGGCAGAUCAAGAAAGGGUUUCAUGCAGAUAUCGUUGUUCUGAGUCAGAAUCCUCUCGAAGAUGUAACUAUCUUUGAUAACCCUGAUAAAUAUGUGCUUGGAGUGAUGAAAGAUGGUCGGGUCUACAAAAGCCGUUGGAGUACCUUGCCCGAGGACUGGGAGAUUCCGGUGCGAGUAAAGUAUAACUGA